UUUGCUCCUCAAACUCUAACUGUCAUGGACUCACAAAAGAAGCACGCAGAUGAAUUCUGGAAGCUAUUCCACAAAGCUAAGAUACACUCACCAGCGACGACGUCAGAGUUAGACGACGAUGAAGUUGUUAGUGUCUACACUGGGAGUGGAAUAUCAACACCGAACAAGCGGAGAGAGAGGUCACCAGCGAGAGGCGAAGAGAGGGAUCCUGUAAAGAUAUUCACCCACGAUAUAUCGACAAAUAUAUUCUCUAGAUUAUCUCAGCAAGAUCUCAAGCAAUGUCACAGGGUGAGCAGAAGGUGGCGCAAAACCCAAGUGAUAAACUAUGUUUGGUUUGAAAUAUAUCGACAAACAUUCUUCGAUAACGAGACAAGCUCUUCUGUUCAAAACAAAUGGACGAGGCGGGAGUCGAAGGAAGAUUGGAAGUUACGCUACAAAUCAGCAAUACGUAGACCAUUCGAAAGUGCAGUUCUCGAGCAAAUACAAAGAUCAGUGACGCCCUCACAAAUGAGAGAAGCUCAGUGGGAUGCAGAAGCUAACCAAGCUGGACCUACGAAGAAUGAGCAAAGAGAGGCCUACAAAUCGUUAGGUGGACGUAAACCAAAGAACAAAGGCGUGAGAGGUGAAAAUACUGCAAAGAUAAACGCAAGGGAUGAAUCUGGAUACAUUUCCACCUGACGACCAUCAUGUCGCUAAAAUUCUGUCAGAAUUGUAACAAUUUAUUGUAUCCAAGAGAGGAUAGAGAAAGGAGGACGUUGUUGUUUGCAUGUCGUAAUUGUAACUUUGAAGAGAGCGCCGUAGAAGCGAGAGUCUACAGGAAUGACUUGAUGCGGCAAUCAAAGGAGGAAGCAGGCGUGACGCAAGACCUUGGAAAGGAUCCUACCCUUCCACGCACGAAUAUAGAGUGUCCAAAGUGUCUAUCCUCACAAUCUGUCUUCUUCCAAGACCAAUCAAAACGGACCGAGACUCGAAUGACGCUAUUUUACGUUUGUAUUAGCUGUAAUCACGCUUUUAGUAAUUUUUAAUUUAUUAUUUCUAAUCUAUCGUUUUGACGUCAAAGAUGUUCAAAUGGUUAUUCUACGCGUUUGCAAUAUAUCUGACACUCGCGUUAUUCUUAUUUGACGAUAUAUUCCUUGGCUAUAAAGGCAAAUACCGUAACCUUAAGACAUAUCUUCCUAGGCCACCUCAGAGGAAGUUCACACCCGAGGAGUUAGCAAAUUACGACGGAACUCACGGAGAUGAAAUUUACCUCGCUGUAGAUGGUCUCGUAUUUGACGUUUCUGCUAAUAAGCGUAUAUAUGGUCCUGGGGGUAUGUACCAUGCAGCCACAGGCAAAGAUGCAGCUAGAGCAUUCGUAACAAACUGCUUCAAGGAUCAAGCAACUUACGAUACCCGUGGCCUCGAUGAGAAGGAACUAUCACAAAUAAAAUCCUGGCAGGCAUUCUUUGACAAUCAUAAAAAUUACAAUUUAAUUGGUACAGUUGAGAAUCCGGCUAUUGAUCCAUCCACCCCAAUACCUGAAGAUUGCGGCUUUAAAUUGAAAGCCAAGACACCUAAAGGUGGUGAAUUAUGAGCGAGAGAAUGAAUAAUAACGCAAAAAUGUGAGAAUAGUUUAAGUUGUCUAAUAUAUGCAUUUCCUUUGUUUCUUUGACUGUUGUUUUAUCCUCUUGCACUUUGUCGUUCUCUAUAUCAUCUAUCUUAUCUACACUUUCACCGACUACCAAUUCAUGUUUCACAUCAGGUGGUAGCACAUCUACUUUUAUAUUCCCAGCAAAGAAAUCUGUCAAUAGGGUUUCACUCAGGUCUCCAAAAAGAUCAUCUCUCACGCCUGGUGUUGACUUUAUUUGCUUCUUGUCGAAACUAUCGAUGAAAUCUGCAAGUGUACUGUUGGAAUUACUAUCAAUAUCGCUCAAGGCAUUGAGAGUAAAGUGAGUAAAUCCUUCUAUUACACCAACGCCUAUUUCUCUAUCUGUGUGAUGACUGUAGCUGUUUUGACCUUUAAGUGAACUACCUAUGGCGAGAACGUCGGGUGAGUAGAGCCUAUUUGCGAGUGUAGCUGCUUGACAGGUAUCACUAAUAAAUAGCAUCUUAUUGUAACGCUUCUUUACACGCAUGUGCUCAAUCGCGUCUGCUAUGUCCUGACUAUUGAGCUCUUCUGUGUCUUGAAACUUGAGAAAUUCGUCACCACCAUGUCCGGUGAGGUAUAAUAACACAUUCGAGUUCUCGUCACUGAGUAAACGUCGACUAGCUGGGGUAUCCUCUGUAUGACGUCCUGUGAGCACCCUCAGGAAGUUCUCGACAGUGACUUCAUAACCUCUGUAAUCAACCUCGACGCGCUCGCCGUAGAGGUCUAACCUAUGAUCUUUAUGGGCGUAUACAGAGCCUGGGUAUUUAUUUCGCGUGUUGCAUGCGAUGUCAUCUGGUAGCAUUAAUAUUAUAUUCGAGUCUGGUAUACCCAGUUUACGUAUAGCUCUAUACCUGAUAUGCUAUUAGAUAGACAAAAGGUGAGAUGAAAGUCUCACAUUCCAAGUGCAUUAGCAAGAUGUCGAUAAUUGAACCAAUACCUCGAUGUAGAGACUAAAAUAGCCCAAUUGUUGGUAUGCCCAUCGCUAUUCGCUAGAACUAGGGCUGAUAAUAGUAUAAUUAGAAAUUUGACGAUAGUCGC